AUGGCCCGUAUAGAUCCUGAAAUCCUAGAGCCCGCCGACCUGGGGCGAGUGCUCUCAUUUUACCAACGUCUUAAUCAUAUUGGUUUGCGCAUAUCCCCAAGCCCUGAGCUUAACAUUGUAUUUGCGAUGACGCAAGCUAUCUCAGUAGGAGUUCCAGGUCCUAGUUAUUUCUCCGGGCUCACCAGCAGUGAAAUUGAAACCAAAAUACAAGCUACUGUUACUGAAGCUUCCAAGUGGGCCUCUGUAGUGGAGCAAUAUUUCUUUAACAACCCGGAUGGCACCUUUCACCGUGACCUUAUCUUAGCAGUACUGAAUAACAACAAGGUUUCAGCAGCUGCUCGCGAAGAUCCUCAGAGUCAUCUCUGGGGGAUUACCAAGUUUGUCGACAUUUUCAAGUCAAGAUCUGGAGGAUGGAGCCCCUGUGAUUCAGUUGAAAUCCCAGCGCUAGUUGAAGCAACUUCAGCAGCCUUCGUAAAAGGUCGAAGAAUUAUUGACGGUUCAACAAAAGUGGUGCCAAAGCAGGAACCCAAGCAAGAACCCAAGCAGGAAUCCAAGCAGGAAACCUCGAAGAAAGCUGGCCACUCUGAUACCAAGCAAGGAAAAGGGAAGCAGUGGUCCAAGGGGUCCGGUGGCAACAAGAGGCGCAACAAUGAAGACAAGCAAGCUAGAAAGUCGAACUCUGAUGGUCAAAACAGAGUUGCUGCCUUGAAAGCUACCGAAUAUCUUGAGGUGGCUCGCGACGAUGUUGAAACUCUUUGCUCUGUUGCUCGGGCUAUCCAAGACGUAUUUGAUAAUGACGGCGGAAGCAGUGAUUAUUCUGUUGAGCAUGCAAUGUUGUCGCAGACUAGUGCAGUUGAUAAUGCACGUGAGUUUGGGUGGGAAACUAUGGUUGACAAUCUAUGUUUAUUUUAG